AUGGCAGGCGUGCAAAUGACGUCACAAGCACAAUUUGGUGUCUUUUCGGCCAACCAGGCACUCAGUGACCUCAGGAUGCAACUCUUUUCCUACCCCAAGGACAGUCAGGAGUACAACGACAUUAAAGAGGAGAUUGACGCGGCGAAACAGACAGUCAAGGAGGUGCAGCUCAUAUAUCAGCAAACUCUACAGCAAUCCAACCUAGCCAUUCAGAACGCCAACCCCAUUUUACAUCAACAAUGA